CUAACGUCAUCGCCCUGCGCCAAAACACAGCAGACUGUUAUGGUAAAGAGUGUUUUGGUUUUCGGGUAGAAGCCAUGCUACAAUCAGAGGCUGUCCAGUUUCGGACUGAGGGCGAUGUUCCCGUCACAAAGCGCGAUGAGCAGCAGGAGAGGAGGCCGAGUGAGUCCGAGGAGGGAAACAGUCCGUUCAGCUUCACCCCGCAGAUCAUCCACCUGCACAAGGACCACGAGCUGUUUGAGGACGGCGACAUUCACAGGCACAUGUACCUGCAAGACCUCUACAUCUCGGAGGCAGAAGACAAGCCAGCACUCAGUGUGUCAGAGUUUGCCUGUCACAUCUCAGGCUGCAGUGCGGUCUUCAUCACGCUGGAGGAGUAUGAGCACCACUACAGUGCCCUGCACAGGCACGUGUGCUGCUCCUGCCGUCGGUCCCUGCCGAGCGCCCGGCUCCUGGACAUUCACAUUCAGGAGUGGCAUGACUCUCUCUUUACUAUCCUUGCCCAGAGACAAGACAUGUACCAGUGUUUGGUGGAGGGCUGUGGACAGAAGUUUAGGACUAGUAAACACAGGAAGGACCAUCUAAUAAGAGUCCAUAAGUAUCCGCCAGACUUCAGAUUUGAUAAAACCAAAAAGGACAGAGGAAGACAAGAGACAAAGGGACGUCAGGAGAAAGACACGGACAUGGAGGUGGUGGAUGAUGUGUGUGAGUCCGAGGGAGUCUGCGAGGUUAUGUGUAACUCACUGUCCAAUAAACCCGAGCACGGGGAGUCCAUGGAGACGCACGAGUGUGAGGACGAUGCCAUUCGCUCUGCAGCGACUGCCUCUACCGAGGACGCUCCUGCUGCAGCUCAGGGCACAGAGGACAUGAGUACUGCACCACAAAAACUGCAGUAUUCCUACAGAAUCCCCAACGCCGUGUGCUUUGGUCACAGCUCCGUCCGAGGCUUCAGAGGACAGCGAGGAAGGAGGAAGUGAAACACCAGAAUCAAACACGCUUUUUUCUGGUCUUAAGGAUCUACAGUUUUAUCACCUUUGCACAGAAUAUAUUCAUAGACAUAAAUGCAUAAAAUAUUUUUAAAAAUUUAAAUAAAAAAAAUGUUGUUUUGCAACAA